ACGAGAAUUGAAGGUUUAUCUUGUGUUGAGGUUUCAGAAAGAUUAGGCUGUGGUUAGAGGAGGAAGAAGGAGCCGCCACGUGGGGUUAUAUGA